UUCAAAUAUGACUUUUUGGGCAAUUAUUUCUGGUGGUUUAAAUUCUGAGCUACUAGCCAAUAGUGAGUGACAAGGUCUACCAGACUGCAUACCAUCUAUACUUCAUUAAUUCACGAUGCUUGCUUAUAUCUCUAAAACGCAGGGAAUUAAAAGGCUUUUAAACUAUGUACCCGUUUCCAGGUGUCUACUGCAGUCGGGAGGUAAGAUCUUCCCGCAGUACGUGCUGAUGUUUGGGAUGCUUGUGCAGUCACAGACGCUGGUAGAGGAGAGUGCUGUUCAAGGCACAGAGCAUACUCUGGGCUUAAACAUAGCCCCUUUUAUUAACCAGUUUCAGGUCCCUAUCCGGGUAUGUCUGGGUUUAUCUUCUUUACCAUGUGUCCCUUUAAGCGAGCCAGUGGAACUGUUGAGAUUAGAUCUGAUGACUCCAUAUUUGAACACUUCCAAUAGAGAAGUAAAGGUCCGAGUGUGCAGAUCUGGACGCGUGACCGCUGUUCCAUUUUGGUUUCAUUUGUGCCUGGAUGACGAGGUCAGGUUGGACACCUCAGGUGAAGCCUCCCACUGGAAACAAGCUGCAGUGGUUCUGGAUCAUCCCAUCCAAGUGGAGACGGGAGAGGAACUUGUACUUAGUGUUGAGCAUCGCAAAAGCAACGUCAGCAUUACUGUUAAGCAGUGAGACUGGAAUCGUACAGUGAAUGUAUGAAAAUCCUUGGAAUCAUCAAAAAUCUGUAAAGGGUUGCCUCAAUAAAGCCCAUGGUAAAAGUCUUAAA